GGUUCAUGUAAAAAGUCUCAUGAUAAUUGGAUGUGUAACAUUUUUGCUGCAGUUCAUUACAGGAUAUUUGCCAUGACGCCUGACAUGAAGCCUGUGGAGAGAGACAACAUGACCCAGAUGGACGCUUCUGUGGCCAUUGAGUUUGUGACCCCUGAAGGUGUCAUUCUACCGCUGGAUCCAGUCUCUCUGAGGUCAGGAAUUCAUUCUGGAGAUUUUCAACUUGCUGAAGUUGUCAGUGUUGGACUUUGGAGAAUCGUGGCGAGGUUUCAAAGCAUACCACAUAUGAGCUACUCUGCAGAGUUUGAAAUCAAAGAAUACGUGCUGCCCAGUUUYGACGUCAAACUGAUACGCCGAAGUUCGUUCUUCUUUUCGGACAGCAAAGAACUCCACAUAGACAUCAAGGCCACGUACAUGUUUGGUGAAGAUGUAGAAGGCUCUGCAUAUGGAGCUUUUGGAGUUGUGCAUCAAAAUCAAAAGAAGAGUUUUCCCAGCUCACUUCAGAGAGUGCCGAUUGAGAGAGGAGAAGGAGUGGUGACCCUGAAGAGAGAGCACAUUACUCAGAGCUUUGAAAACUUCACCGAUCUUAUGGGCAGCUCCAUAUUUGUGGCGGUCAGCGUGCUGACAAGAGACGGUAGUGAGAUGGUGGAGGCAGAGCUGAGAGAUAUUUACAUUGUCAUAUCACCGUACAUCAUCCAGUUCUCCAAGACACCCAAAUAUUUCAAACCGGGAUUGUCUUUUGAUUUUGCGGUUGAGGUUCUGAAUCCUGACGGCACUUCAGCACAAGGAGUUCCUGUUGCGAUCGAUGAAGCUGAGGUUGAAGGCGUUACUUCUGCCAACGGCAUGGCGAGACUUUCAAUCAAUACGCUGGAAAACACUGGACCGCUAAAGAUCACAGUAAGGACCAAAAGUCCUCGAAUUUCAGCUGAACGACAAGCAUCGGCAAGCAUGACAGCUCUACCUUAUCGCUCAACAAGCAAAAACUACGUCCACAUAGGAGUGUCAACAGCAGAAGUAAAACCAGGAGAUAACCUGAAAGUGAACAUCAACCUCAACAAACAGGACAAUCCAGAAAACGAUGUAACAUAUUUGAUCCAGAGCAGAGGUCARUUAAUAAAGCAUGGACGCUUUAAAGUGAAAGGUCAAGUGAUGAUAUCCAUGACCCUCGCCGUUACCAAGGAGAUGCUGCCGUCAUUCCGCGUCCUGGUCUUCUACCAUCCCGAUGACAACGAGGUGGUGUCGGACUCAGUCUGGGUGGACGUGAAGGACUCCUGCCUCGGCUCGCUGAAACUAGAGCCACUGAAACUUUCCACCUCCUACGAACCUCGGAGAAAGUUUGAUCUGAAAAUCACAGGAGACCCUGAAGCCACAGUGGGGCUGCUGGCCGUGGACAAAGGCGUCAUUGCUCUUAACAAGAAAUACCGUCUGACGCAGAAAAAGGUGUGGGACACAGUUGAGAACCACGACAUCGGCUGCACACACGGAGGAGGAAAGGACAGCAUGAGUGUGUUCUACGAUGCUGGGCUGCUGUUUCAGUCCAACUUACAAUCCGAGACGCCGCCCAGACAGGAUCCAAUGUGCUCAGCCCUCCGGAGGAGGAAACGGGACACUGCCCUGAUGAACGCCACCACCGAAUUAUUGAGUCGAUAUGACAACGACCUGCAGCGUGACUGUUGUUUGGAUGGCACACGGGAGACCACAGUGUUCUCUGAGAAUAAAGGCUUGAACUUUAACUACACGAYUCGACAGCCGGCUGUAGAGCUGCGACAGAACAGUGCUCAGUAMUAG